CCGGAGUGAGGAGGGGGGCAGCUCAGUCAGUGGAAAGUGUCCCCACAACGCCCCCGCCUGGGUCUGCGGCUCCCCCCACCCCUGAGCCAGUGCCAGUGGGGGGAGCGGCCACCGGUCCCGUCCCGUCCCGUCCGCCUCAGGAGGAGACAGGCUCAGGCUGCCUCAGGGGAGACUUGCAAGCUGUGAAUCCAAAGAAGAAGAUACAGACAGUAAGAAUAAGUGAAAGUAGUACUCAAUAUAAAGGUGAUAAUCCACCUUCACUCUUAUCUCAUAUCCCAGGCCAUCCCUGCACAUCCACCCUUGUCUGGAUGCUUGUGGAACCCUUUCUUGUUGGUUCUAGUGACUCAUUUAUAUGUUCAUGGGAAGCUCUUCCCAAGCAUGAGGAACAGCAUGGGAGAAAGCAAGAAGGAGCUUGUUUGGAAAUGUAAAGAAAUGGUUGUUGGAGGUUGGCAUCAUGUGUCUGUCGGAAGGAGGAGUUAACAUCUUGAUAAUGAAUGGAAAAUGGGGUAGCAGCUUGUUUGAAAUGUUAUAUGGGCACACAAGAUUAUAACGAGGAACAUGAAGAGUAGAACACACAUCAAAAACAGCGACAGCUUCCUGUAAGGUGAAUAGUGUGACUGCAUGACACUUUUGUAAGACGCAGAAUCUGCUAGGAUGUUACACCAUCACUGUCGGAGGAACCCUGAACUACAGGAAGAGUUGCAGAUUCAGGCUGCAGUAGCUGCUGGGGAUGUUCACACUGUGCGCAAGAUGUUGGAACAGGGCUAUUCUCCAAAUGGUCGAGAUGCCAAUGGCUGGACCUUGCUUCAUUUCUCUGCAGCAAGAGGGAAAGAGAGAUGUGUUCGUGUGUUUCUUGAACACGGAGCUGAUCCCACAGUUAAGGACUUAAUUGGAGGCUUCACUGCUCUGCAUUAUGCUGCCAUGCAUGGCCGGGCAAGGAUUGCACGCUUGAUGUUGGAAUCAGAAUAUAGAAGUGACAUUAUCAACGCAAAAAGCAAUGAUGGUUGGACUCCCCUCCAUGUAGCAGCCCACUAUGGCAGAGACUCAUUUGUCAGACUCCUGCUGGAGUUCAAGGCUGAGGUUGAUCCGCUCAGUGAUAAAGGUACUACACCGCUUCAGUUAGCCAUUAUCCGAGAGAGGUCAAGCUGCGUGAAAAUCCUUCUGGAUCACAAUGCCAACAUCGACAUUCAAAAUGGUUUCCUGUUACGAUACGCUGUGAUCAAAAGCAAUCACUCUUACUGCCGAAUGUUUCUUCAGAGAGGGGCGGAUACAAACUUAGGCCGCUUAGAAGAUGGACAGACACCAUUACACUUGUCUGCUCUUAGAGAUGAUGUGCUUUGUGCACAAAUGUUAUAUAAUUAUGGAGCAGACACUAACACAAGGAACUAUGAAGGACAGACCCCACUGGCUGUUUCAAUAAGUAUUUCUGGAAGUAGCCGACCCUGUCUGGAUUUCUUACAAGAAGUAACAAGACAGCCCAGAAACUUACAAGAUCUAUGCCGAAUUAAAAUCCGCCAGUGUAUAGGCCUUCAAAACCUAAAACUGCUUGAUGAACUACCCAUUGCCAAGGUCAUCAAAGACUAUUUAAAACACAAGUUUGAUGAUAUCUGAUAUCCACGAAGAAAAGAACUCUGAGCAAGCUUAGUAAUAUUCAGAUACUUAAAGAGGCUUGUUGCCUUGCACAAAGUAUAUCCUAUGCAAAUUCUGAUUUUUCUGUAAGUCAGAAGGCAGGUAUACACUUCCUUGGGUUUUUUAUACCACAUGCUAGAAGGUCUUAAUUUUUUGGUUUCUUGGUCCAAGUUUACAAGGUCCAAGCUUUCUAUACAAUAUUACAUUUUAAAAAUUUGUUGUUUUUUUUUGAAUGAGGCAUGCAGACUUGCAAUGGAAAUGGAACAUAGCAUAUUCAAAGGAAGUGAUUGGUUCUGAUUGGCAUGCGUAGUAUUGUAAGCCAUCUGAGCGAUUGUUAAACAAAAUGAGGUUUGGAGACUAAGGCACCAGUCCUGCAAAGGGAUCCAUGUGAGCAGAGCUUUAUGUCCGCACAGUCUCUUUGAUUGAUGGGGCUUUGUGUAGGUGUAAACCUCUGCCCAUGUGUAUCAUUUUGAGAAUUGUAACCAUGGUUUCCUGGGACAUACUGUACAAAUGCCAUAUGGAAACUUUUUAAAAAUGCAGUCACCCUGUUCAAUUUUAAAAUGUAUACGUUGGCUCUUUUUAUACUGUUCUUUUCCUAAUUACUGUAGUUUGGAUGUCCAUAAAUCCAGGAUCUCUGCUUUCCUGAUAUUCUCUGUAAGUGGGCUAUUGUUUGUAACUAUAUUUUUAACAGUGAGAGUACACUGCACAGAGUCAUACAGUCUCUAUUUUUUACAUUAAGUUAAGGGGAAACAAGUUUAGAUUUUGAAGCCAAUGUAUUCUGUUUCUCAUACAGUGCCUCCUGUGCAAUAAUCUUUCUAAUGGAUUUUGUCCAUGAUUGUGACACUUUCGCACCAUUUCUUACUUAGUCUCAAUGCAUUAUUUGUGAAAAUAGGAACUGCUGCUUUAUUGUAGCAUUGAUGCAGCAAUGCUAUAAUGAUGUGUCAGUUGCUGUUAUAAUCCCUGAAUUUGUUGAAUGUAUAACUUGGCUGUUUUGUUUUCCCUUUGAGAUGAAAUUUUACAUAGAGCUUGUUAGGCCAGAUCUCUCUUUAAAUUGCUAUUAUUCGGCUAAGUCAUUUUGUUUUAAAGGGGUUACCAUUUUUUUUGUUGCGUUCAAUUUUGUUUUUGAUUUGCUUGAAGUUGACUAGGAUGUAGUCUCCUUUGAUAAGUGCACAUAACCCUCAUUAAUUUGGGUGUUCCUUAUGCACUGACAAGAAAAUAGUCCCCUUAGCAUUAGAAGCUUAAAUUUUGCAAACACUAAGUGGGUGGUUCUUAACGUGAAACCGGCAAGUAAGUUCAGUAGUUAAAUUUUACUUUCGUGUUUUCAUCACAAAAGAGCCUGUUCCUAGUUGUCAGUGGAAAUAGAAGGCCUCAGCACCAAACAGAAAUGGACCAAAUUGUGCAACCCCAUUUCACUGUUUUCAUUUUCAAGGGAUUAUGGAGUCAGUGUAAAGUUCUUGUCGAUGUUCUCUACUGCUGUUUUGCCAUUGUAAAGACUCCAAAAGAGCCUUUGUAAUAGCAGCAGCUGUCUCAUACUAGUGAUCUCAAUGGAAGCUGGGAGAUUGGGGAAACCAUGUUGACUCUUCAUUUUUCACACGGUCCCUUUCAAAAUGUUACUUUUUUUUUUAAAGGUGAAAGCAAGGAAAGCAAGUACAUUUAGUUUAACUCUGCUAGUUCAUCCCUAAUUCCUUGAAGCCAGGGAUUGUCGUUUCCUCAAGCACGAAUCUUAUUGCUAGUGAUGGAUGCACAGGAACCAUGGCAGCAAGGAUUAUCUCACCCUAUUGUGCCUGGCCUUGCACAGGUUUCCGAACAAUGGGUGAUUUUAGAGACUCAGUGGCUCAGAGAAGGGGUAGCAGGAUGUGGAGCCUUUCAUCUCUGACUCACCAGUUCAAAUCAAACCUGUUUCAUCAGUGACCAAAAGUUUAUAUAAUAGCAGCCUGUAGGAAGCGAGUUUGUCAGCUGUCCACACCACACAUCAGUCACCACAGUUGUUGCUAAUGUAGACCCUUAUUGGCAGCCGCAGCAAAGAGGCCAGAAAAUAACUGCACAAGACAACUGUCCUCUAUAUAUAGUGCUUCCUCUAGGUCAUAGCUGAAGCACAUUGGUGGCACUAUAGUGUGGAGAGAGAGAGUGCUGUUCAGUAGUACCUUUAAUGAAUACUCGAAACACCUUAACGGCUGAUCUCUUCUGCUUUAAGUUCUUCAGUACCGAGGCAUAUUGAGGCACAUUAGGAAUGGGAUGGCAGCUCUUAACAAAACUGUAAGAAUCAGAGUUACGUAGAUACAGAACCUUAACAUUCUUUGUUUAAAGUAUUUAAUAUUGUUCAUCUGCUUUCCUAAGUAACUUGCUUGGUUUUAAACCAUUUUCUUCCCCAUCAGCGAAGGUGCAUUUUUACAGGAAUCUUUUCUGACAUAAUUUAGACUGUAUCUUAGUCAGAAUCCAUAUGAAGAUAAAUUAUUUGUUCCGUCGUGCUGCUGUGACUUCAGAAAAUGAUGAAAGACCUUGCUGGUAACAGAAAUGCUAUUUAAUGAACAAGUGUGUCAUUCCAUUAUUUAUUGAGUGAGGUUUGGUAUUUUUAGUAACUGACACUUAAAAGAAACACUUUUACAUUUUAGGCUAGUGCAAAACUUUCUUAAAAAAAAAAAUUGCAGAAGUCUAAUCCCCUUUAGGGAGUGUAAAUUGUCAAAGGACCUGAUCCAAAUCUCACUGCUGUCAAUGAAGAGACUUCCGCUGGGCUUUGGAUGAGGCCUUAGGGUUCCGAUUCAGCAAAGCACUUAUGGUCUUACAGAUAAGCAUGUGCUUGCGUAGUCCUGUUGACCUCAAUGGGACUAUUUAUAUAGUUAAACUGUAGCACGUCGUUAAGUUAGUAAAGUACAGGGUUUAUUAAUCAUUCAAGCCAACUAGAUUUGAAUGUUGUGGAUCUAUUCUGUUGUCACUUUCUUAAAUGGGUAUAAUGCACAAGUAGCUGGAAAACACAAAGUGAUUUGGUUUUCCAUAAUCUUUUGAAUUAGAAUGUGGAAAGAUGAGUACAGGAUAGAAAGGUAUUACAUAUCUUAAUUUCAUUCCCUUAAUAUACAUUGGUGGUCAUUUUAUUGAAUAAUAAUAAUUAAUAAUAGUAAAAUUGGCAAAUACACCAAAGAAACAGGCAAGCAAACGAUUCUGAUCAUUAAUAAACUGCAAACCUCAUCCUUUAAAAACAGAGCAGAAAGAUUUUUGUAAAUAUGUGUUUAUAAAUGUACAGCAGAGUAAGAGUGGGGUUUUUUAGAUUAUUUAAUUACCAUAUUUCUAAACUAUUUACUACAUUAUAGACAAUACUUGUUAGUUUGAAAAGCUUUUGAGUGUUUUGGUUUUUUUAAUUCAUCAUCAGUCAUGCUUGGAAUAACUGGCUUCCUUGGGAUAGUGUGGAGAAUUUAGUUUUCUGGCUAUAGCUGGCAAUAACAAGAGAACACAUCUGGACAAAGAAGACUAGCAUGAUUAAUUUGUCAUACAGACACCCUGAAGCAAAAGAGAACUUAUAGUUUGUUAACCAGAGUGGACCAUAUGGAAAUUUUAAAUCUUAACUUCUCAAUAAAGUUGAUCCAGAGCCCAGAAUGUCACUGGGACAAAAGCAAUUUACAAUUUGCCCACAAAUCUAGCUUCCAUGCACCUUUUUGUGUUAUCAAUAUCAUGAUGUAUUUUGUUCUUCUUUUGUAAUGUAAGUUCUGCUUUGGGUCAGUUUGAAUUUUAAAAAUAUUUAAAUCUGGUAAAAUCUUUUGGGUUUAUGUUCUAUUUAUUUCUAAUCCAAUGUUUCAAUAAUAUAGUAUCAUUUUGCAGCUUUCCCUCAAUGUCUGUCCUUCCUGAAAAUCCUUAAUGCAGUAAUGACAAUGGAUAACUAAUGAUGUGUAAACUUAGCUGUUGAGGCUCAGUUCUGCAUUGAGAGAUGAAUGCAGGUCACCCUGAACUUAAUGCAUUGCGUCCGUAAAUCUAAGGGCAAACUUGGGCAGUCAGGGCUGGACUGCCAAAGGGAGAUCAAUCCAGUCUCUAAUCAUUUCCAUAUAUAUGUUUCUAAACACUCACUUGCAUGCGCAGGCUAUAGAACUUACAGCACCCUCAUCAUCUGCAUGUGCAAAUGAGUGUGCAAAAAAUGAUGGUCAAAUAGAAGGCAUGUCUUGCAAAUGGAUCUGUCAGUAUGCAGUGUAAUUUUUUUAAAUACUGAGAACGAACAAACAGCGUGGGUCCACAAGGAGCCUUUGUAAAGUACAAGUUAUGAUUUUUUUUCAGGGCAUUAAGGGGGUGGAGAGGGCGGGAACUGGAUUAGAACCCUAAUCGUUGCUCUGGUAGCCAUCACAAAUAUUAUACUUUAUUAAAAGCUGGUGGAGAAGGGGAUAUUUCCCUGUUACUCAAUAGCACCCCCUUGAGGAGCAAGAUGCAAAAACUGAAUUUGGAUGUGCAGAUUCUGUGCAACACAUUACAACGUGACUCAUAAAUUCCAAGCAGCUAAAUGAUGUUACUAACAGACUGGACAGAUUUGGAAGACUAGUGAAUUUUCUAAAUGCUGUGUUGUCAGUGGUGCUCCUGUUUAAGUAUCCUAUUUCCUGCGUUUGUUUAAUUGUCAGCUGAAAAACAUUUCAUGAUACAUGCAGUUGUUUACAGCAGUAAUGGGUUUGCAAGCUGUUGAAAAAUAAGACUAUGCAUAGAUAACAGUCCAGUAUAAUAAGUAUGCCGGCAUUACUGGAAAUUUCUGCUUUAUUUUAUGUGACAAAGUAUAUUGUUUGUCGUGGUUCCAGAAAAAAUUAUUUUUGUAAACAGUAGAUGCAAAAAUUGACUUAUUACCAGAGGCAGAAUGGCCUGCAGGGGAUGGGAACUAAGAACUCUUAAUCUUGAGUUCUUUUCUGGCUCUGCUGCUGAUUCUCUGUGAAGCCUUGGGGGAGACUCUUCACCUCUCUCUAUUCUUUCUGUUUCCUGUUUGUAGACUGAGGCUGACACCUAUCUCAGGGCUUUUGAACUCUAUUUUGAAACUGAAAAAAUGUUAUACAUGUGCUGAAAUUUUAUCUUUGCUACUGUCACUGGCAAGUCUAAAUCUUCUCUUCUA